AUGACCGAGCCGAUUAUUCCGGUAGGUAGAACUUUCUGCAAACCGGACUUAGUCGUUCGGCAUGGAGAGCAUGCUUACGUUCUUGAUGUGACUGUGGUUCGAGGUCAACGGUUGGCCGAGGGCUGGACUCUCAAGACGACGAAGUAUGGCUUGAGUGAGGUAGAAAGCUAUAUACAGUCGGAACUUUUUGGACGAUCACUCGGGGACGUUAGGCAUCUCCCGGUGGUGUUUACGGAUCGGGGGUUGUUGUGUGAACGCUCCGGUAAAGGUCUGGGAUCCUUAGGCCUUAUCGCAAAAGAAUUGUCGGUUCUCUGCCUGCUUGUGACUCGGGGCUCCUUAGCCUGCUACGAUGUCUACAUGCGAGGAACUCAGCUGGUCCGGUAG